CUUACCAUUCCUAAUAAAAUGAAUGAUAAUCCUGAGUCAUCUAGACCAAAACGUCAAAAGGCUGGGAAAACCAGUCGGUUUGAAGCAUUAGCGAAAUUAAAAAAGAUUAAAACUGAUGGAACUAAACAUAAAUAUGAAGUAGAACCUAUGCAAAAUGUUUACGAAGAAGUUUCAGAACAAGAAUAUACAGAUAGAGUAGUAAAGCGACAACAGGACAAUUGGAUAGUUGAUGAUUAUCAAAUUGAUGGCUAUGUUGAAGAUGGAAGGGAAAUUUUUGAUGAUGAUUUGGAUGAAGAAUCUAUUGUUAAAGAAGAAAAGAAAGGAAGAGGUAAAAAGAGAAGUAGGGCUGAUAAAAGUUUUGAUGAAGAUAUCCCUUCAAAUAGAGAUAUUCAAAAAAUGUUUGCGAAUAUGCCAGUAAAAAAAAAGAAAGAGGUUCCAGUUAAUUUGGAUGAAGAUGAUAUUCUUGAUGAUCUUAUUCAUGAAUUGGAUAAUUCUUCUAAACCAGAAAUAUUGAAAACUCCUCAAUUAAUUCCUAGUAGAGUGACAGAAAAAAUUAAAAAGGAAAACCAAACUAGAGGUUAUUUAGAAUCAUUUUCUACGCUAUUAAAAUCUCCUCGAUCAUCUCUAAAAAAUGUAUCAGAUAAUAAAAAUGAAAACAACGUACUUAAAUGUAACAGUACCAUUGAUUUUGAUAAAAACCAUGAUGAAAUUAUAGAAACAUCUGAAGAAAUAAUGAACAAACCCAAAACAGUCAUACAGAAAGCUAUAGAACAAGAAUUAUUUGAUGAAAAUAUGGAUGAUAUUGAAGAUUUUGAUUUUGAAGAAGCAAUUAAAGCUGAAAAAAGUUUUGUGGAACAAUCUGAAUUAAGUAUUAAAAAAGAAUCAAUUAAAUCUGAAAUUAAAAUUGAUUUUGAAGAUACCAAAUGGCCAAUUGAAAGUAUUCAAGAAGAAGAACAAGUUUCUUUACCACAUGAUAUUUCUUCAAAAUUGCCUUUGACAACUGAUAAAAAUGGAAAUCAAGUUUUUCGAUUUUUUUAUUUGGAUGCAUUUGAAGAUGUAUUUAAACAACCUGGAAUAGUAUUUCUUUUUGGUAAAGUAAAACCUGUUAAUGUUAAUGCAUAUGUAAGCUGUUGUGUUAUUGUUAAAAAUAUUGAAAGAAGAAUGUUUUUACUUCCUAGAAAUUCAACAUCUAAAAAUGAAGAAGUGAAAAUGGUUGAUGUAUAUAAUGAAUUUAAUAACCUUAGUGACCAGUAUCAAGUACGCAAUUUUAAAUCUCGUAAAAUUACAAAAAAAUAUGCUUUUGAUCUACCAGAUGUUGCUGAUGAAAGUGAAUACUUGGAAAUUAGAUAUUCUGCCUCUUAUCCUCCUUUGCCAAUAGAUUUAAGUGGCAACACAUUUAGUAGAGUAUUUGGUACUAAUACUUCAUUCUUAGAACUUUUACUUUUGGAUCAAAAAAUUAAAGGACCAUGUUGGUUAGAUAUAAAAUCUCCACAGCUAUCUAGUAAUCCUAUGAGUUGGUGUAAACUUGAGAUAUUAUGUUUAGAUAUGAAAAAUGUACAACUAGCACCCAUUGCUUCACCUCCACCAAUAGUUAUUAUGACUCUAAAUCCAAGAAUUACGUAUAACAAAAAAACAAGACAAAAUGAAAUCUUAAUUAUAAGUUGUUUAGUGCAUACACAUUUUCCAAUGGAUCAAGCUCCAUCAACUCAUCUUCAUAAUCAAUUUUUUUGUGCAAUAUCACGACCAAGUAAUACACCAUGGCCUCCUCGACAUCAAGAAGAAUUAAAAAAAUGUGGAGAUUCUUCAAAGAUAAUAAAAAUGGAUUCAGAACGUGCUUUAUUAACAUUUUUUCUUGCAAAAUUGUCCAAAAUUGAUCCAGAUUUGAUAAUCGGUCACGACAUUUGUAGUUACAUAUUGACUACAUUAGUAAACCGCUUAGAAGCCAAUAAAAUACAAAAUUGGUCAAAAAUUGGACGUCUUCGUAGGACUUUAUUCCCUAAAAAAGGAAAAUUUAUGAGUGAAAAAAGUGUACUCAGUGGUAGAUUGAUUUGUGAUACUCAAAUUUCUGCAAAAGAAUUGAUAAAAGCAAGAAGUUAUGAUUUAUAUUCAUUGUCAGAACAGAUUCUUAAUAUUAAAGAAAAUGAACAUUUAAAUCUAUCAGAUGAUGAAGUUAGUUAUAUGUAUUGUUCUGCUGAAUCUUUAAUACAGCUUAUCAAAUUUACAAUCAUGGAUACUUCAUGUGUAAUGCGACUUAUGUGUCAAAUGAAUGUAUUACCAUUAGCUCUUCAGAUAACUAAAAUAGCUGGAAAUUUACUAUCCCGAACAUUAAUUGGUGGCCGUGCUGAAAGAAAUGAAUAUUUAUUAUUACAUGCUUUUAACGAAAAAGGCUAUAUACUUCCUGAUAAACAAUAUAAAAAAAGAACUAACAACAUGGAUGAAAAUCAACUAAUAGAAGAUGAUAGUAUUAAGAAAAAUGGUCGUAAGAAAGCUCAAUAUUUAGGAGGUCUGGUACUUGAUCCAAAAAUUGGAUUUUAUGACAAAAUGAUACUACUGAUGGAUUUUAAUUCACUUUAUCCCAGUAUUAUUCAAGAAUAUAAUAUAUGCUUUACUACUGUAAGCUUUCGAACAUUGCAAGCAGAUUCUCAAGAGGGUGAUGACGAAGUUGCAGAAUUAUUAAAAUUAAUACCAAAUCAAAUGGUUGCUCGUGGUAUAUUACCUGCUGAAAUUAAAUCAUUGGUUGAUUCACGUAGAGAAGUAAAAAAGUUAAUGAAUGAUCCAAAAAUUUCAAACAUACUUAAAGAGCAAUAUAAUUUGAGACAAACUGCAUUAAAGCUGACGGCCAAUAGUAUGUAUGGAUGUUUGGGAUUUACACAUUCACGUUUUUAUGCUAAACCACUAGCAGCAUUAAUCACUGCUAAAGGAAGAGAAAUUUUGAUUAGCACUAAAGCAUUAGUUGAGAAAUUGGCAUUUGAUGUUAUUUAUGGAGAUACAGAUUCAUUAAUGAUCAACUCAAAUUGUGUUGACUAUGAUCAAGUUAUGAAAAUUGGUUACAAAAUCAAAUCAGAAGUUAAUAAAAUAUAUAAACAAGUUGAAUUAGAUAUUGAUGGUAUUUUUAAGUACAUGUUAUUGUUAAAAAAAAAAAAGUAUGCUGCUGUAUCUAUUUCAAAACUUCCUUCUGGUGAAUUUAUAACGAAAGAAGAAAUCAAAGGAUUGGAUAUAGUAAGAAGAGAUUGGUCACAGUUAUCACAAGAAGCUGGAAGGUUUGUCUUAAGACAAAUAUUAUCUGAUCAAGCUCCCGAAGAAAGAGUUUCAAAUAUUUGUGCUCAGUUAGAAAAACUAAAAAUUGAUUUGGAUGAAAAUAAAGUUCCAUUAGUAUUGUUAGCUAUUAGUAAAACAUUAACUAAAGCACCUCAAGAUUAUCCAGAUUCUAAAGCAUUACCCCAUGUAGCCAUUGCACAACGUCUCAAUAAACAAAGUAUCAAAUUUAAACAAGGCGAUACUAUAUCAUAUGUUGUUUGUGAAGAUGGAACAAAUUUACCAUCAACUCAAAGAGUGUAUCACGUAGACGAGUUAAAAACCAAUACUGCAUUAAAAAUUGAUGUUAAAUAUUAUUUAUCUCAACAAAUUCAUCCAGUUAUAGCAAGACUUUGUUCACCAUUAGAAGAUAUUGAUUCUAAAAUGAUCGCAGAACACUUAGGUCUUGAUCCUGCAUUAUAUCAAAACCAAAGAACAAGAUCAGUUUAUGUAGAUUCGCUUGAAGAAAAAGUUUUAGAUUUGGAUGAUGCAACAAGAUUUAAUUGUUGUGAUCAAUUUAAAUUUACAUGUCUUGGUUGUAAAAAUGAAGUAGAAAUAUUUGCACCAGCAAUUAAAAAGCCAAAUGGUGAGUUAGAAUUUUCCUUGGAGAAUUGUUCUAAUCCAGAAUGUUAUAUUUCUCCUUAUAAAUAUGUUGGAAUGAUUGAGAAUAGUUUAUGGAAAUCCAUAAGGAAACAUACAAUAAAAUUCUAUAAAAGUGAAUAUGUAUGUGACGAUAGUACAUGUGAUAAUAAAAGCAAAUAUAUUCCACGCAUGAGUGAUGAAAUUUGUUCACAAUGUGAAUCUGGAACAUUAAGAAAAGAAUAUUCAGCCGGUCAACUUCUAUUUCAAUUAAGAUAUUUUUUGUUUAUAUUUGACAUUGAUAAAGUGUUACAUAGAAACAAGGACUUACAAUUAAACACUGACCAUCCGUUAUAUACUGCUUAUAGUAGAUUAAAAUCUCGUGUUAAAGAAACACUUAAGCAUCAUGAUUUCUACUAUGUUAAUUUAAAAGAAAUAUUUGGUCAAAAUUAGUUAUCACUAAUUUUAUAUAUUGCAUUUUAUUUAUCUA